GAGGAGAGGAGAGACAGCAGGAAGGAGGGCUCUGAUACAAUCAUCAAGCAGAACGGAGAGGAGAGGAGAGACAGCAGGAAGGAGGGCUCUGAUACAAUCAUCAAGCAGAACAGAGAGGAGAGACCGCAGGAAGGAGGGCUCUGAUACAAGCAUCUAGCAGAACGGAGAGGAGAGGAGAGACAGCAGGAAGGAGGGCUCUGAUACAAUCCUCAAGCAGAACGGAGAGGAGAGGAGAGACAGCAGGAAGGAGGGCUCUGAUACAAUCAUCAAGCAGAACAGAGAGGAGAGACCGCAGGAAGGAGGGCUCUGAUACAAGCAUCUAGCAGAACGGAGAGGAGAGGAGAGACAGCAGGAAGGAGGGCUCUGAUACAAUCCUCAAGCAGAACGGAGAGGAGAGGAGAGACAGCAGGAAGGAGGGCUCUGAUACAAUCAUCAAGCGGAACGGAGAGGAGAGACAGCAGGAAGGAGGGCUCUGAUACAAGCAUCAAGCAGAACAGAGAGGAGAGACAGCAGGAAGGAGGGCUCUGAUACAAGCAUCAAGCAGAACAGAGGGGAGAGACAGCAGGAAGGAGGGCUCUGAUACAAGCAUCUAGCAGAACGGAGAGGAGAGGAGAGACAGCAGGAAGGAGGGCUCUGAUACAAGCAUCAAGCAGAACAGAGAGGAGAGACAGCAGGAAGGAGGGCUCUGAUACAAUCCUCAAGCAGAACGGAGAGGAGAGGAGAGACAGCAGGAAGGAGGGCUCUGAUACAAUCAUCAAGCAGAACGGAGAGGAGAGGAGAGACAGCAGGAAGGAGGGCUCUGAUACAAUCAUCAAGCAGAACAGAGAGGAGAGGAGCGACAGCAGGAAGGAGGGCUCUGAUACAAGCAUCAAGCAGAACAGAGAGGAGAGGAGAGACAGCAGGAAGGAGGGCUCUGAUACAAGCAUCAAGCAGAACAGAGAGGAGAGGAGCGACAGCAGGAAGGAGGGCUCUGAUACAAGCAUCAAGCAGAACAGAGAGGAGAGGAGAGGAGAGACAGCAGGAAGGAGGGCUCUGAUACAAUCAUCAAGCAGAACAGAGAGGAGAGGAGAGACAGCAGGAAGGAGGGCUCUGAUACAAGCAUCAAGCAGAACGGAGAGAAGAGGUUGGAUCACUGCUGUGCUCUGUGUCUUCCCCUCUUGAUCUGAAACGCUCUUAGUAUUCAGAUGUUAUUCUAGUGGAGAUCUAAGAGAUGAAUUAUCAACCAUCAUACCAAUGUCCCAAUUCAUAUAGGCUUCUGUGUUCACUUCCUCUUUCACAUUGUGGGAAUAGGCCAUUAUGAAUCCAAUUUUAUUUUGAUGACGACGAUGAUGAUGGGGUAAUGAUGAUGAUGAUGAUGAUGAUGAUGAUGAUGAUGAUGAUGAUGAUGAUGAACACACAGACAGAAACACACACCCAUCCCCCACCCUAACCUGGUAGUUGGAGGAAUAUUUCGAAGGGGUGGUCUUGAGAUGCAAUGUUUUGAGUGGGGAGAGAGAAACGCUGUUGCCGCAACCAUUCUUCCUCCCUCCGGUUCCCACCGCUCUUUCCCUCGCUCCCUUCAAAGUCCACCUAUCGUAGGCGUGGAGAACCUCUCGUGCGUCGCACACCGAGACCGUGCCUGUUGGAGACGCGCUGCAUCCGCUCCACGGGAAGAUGGAGAAACGGCAAGCACAGUUAUCCCAAUGUAGAGAACAAGAAACCAAGGAAAGCUGUCAUUUAUGAUGCAAAUAGUGCUUUACCGUCGAUAGGAACUUAUUUUAGCGAAAGGUGUGCUCUGACCUGCUGAAGGAACAUGGAUGUGUCUGAGGGCCAGCAGCAGUAUGGAGGAUCUAAGAAGAGGGUGAAGAUCCACCCCAAUUCCAUCACAGUGAAAUACGCCACCCACUUCCCCCAGCCUGGAGACGAGGGUUACGACGAUGCUCCGUCCUUUGAGGACUUUGGGUCGUUUGCAGAGGCCAGCCCUGCCAAGAGACUGGUGUCAGACGGUAGUAGGAGGACUUUCUUUGGCACCAUAGAGACCCCCUGUCCGGGGAAGGGGCCAUUGGGGGGAGGGGUGGAGCCCCAGAGCCGGGACAAGGGGGUCGGGGGGCAGCUGGCUAGCUUCGGGGAGGCCAACGUCCUGGCGUCCCGGGUCACCUGGAUGGCGUUGUUCGGGGCAGCGGUGGCUCACGGCUGCGUUGCUCUGAUCACACGGCUGGCGGCGGACCGCUCCAAAGUGCCGUCCCUGGAGCUGAUCUUCAUCCGGUCUGUGAUCCAGGUCCUGUCCAUCACAGUGGUGUUUUAUAACCAGGAGGAACCCUUCGGCCCGAAGGGGUACCGCCUCCGGCUCUUCUUCUAUGGUGUCUGCAACGUCAUCUCCAUCACCUGCGCCUACACCGCCUUCGCCAUCGUGCCGCCCAGCAACGGUACCAUCAUGUGGCGCGCAACCACCACGGUGUUCAGUGGCGUGAUGGCCUUCCUGUUGUUAGACGAGAGGCUGGGCUACACGGACGUGGUGACGGUGGUGGGCAGCGUGUUCGGCCUGUGUCUCGUCAUGAUCCCCAAUGUGGCCGACGAGGAGAAGUCUCGCCUCACCUUCUGGAAGGAGGCGUUCGGCUACACCAUGACGGUGAUGGCCGGCCUCACCGGAGCCAUGUCCAUGAUCGUCUACCGGGCCAUCAAGGAGCGCGUCAGCAUGUGGACAGCCCUGUUCACGUUCGGCUGGACGGGCACGGUGUGGGGCGCCUCCACCAUGUUCGUUAUGCAGGAGCCGAUCAUCCCCCUGGAUGGGGAGACGUGGGGCUACCUCACGGGGAUCUGUAUCUGUUCCACCGUGGCGUUCCUGGGGGUCUACUAUGCCCUCAACAAGUUCCACCCCGCCCUGGUGAGCACCGUGCAGCACCUGGAGAUAGUGGUGGCCAUGUUGCUUCAGCUCAUGGUGCUGCGCAUGGUCCCCUCCAUCUACGACGUCAUCGGGGGGCUGGUCAUCAUGGCCAGUGUGUUUACUCUAACGGGAGUGAAGCUGUAUAGGGUCAGCCGGGCUGUACGGCAGGACUACCAGGAGAUACUGAACUCACCCAUUAAAUAGAGCCUGGACUCCAUCUCUCUCUCUCUCUCUCUCUCUCUCUCUCUCUCUCUCUCUCUCUCUCUCUCUCUCUCUCUCUCUCUCUCUCUCUCUCUCUCUCUCUCUCUCUCUCUCUCUCUGUCUUUCUCUCUCCCUGUCUUUCCCACUCCCUGUCUCUCUCUCUCUAUGUCUCUCGCUGUCUUUCUCUCUCCCUGUCUAUCUGCCUCUCUCUCCUCUCAAUUCAAUUCAAAAGAUACUUAUGUUUACAUUGCCAAAGCAAGUGAGGUAGAUAAUAUACAAAAGUGAAAUAAAUAAUAAAAAUGAACAGUAAACAUUACACUCACAGAAGUUCCAAAAGAAUAAAGACAUUUCAAAUGUCAUAUUAUGUCUAUAUACAGUGUUGUAAUGAUGUGCAAAUAGUUAAAGUACAAAAGGAAAAUAAACAUAAAUAUGGGUUAUUUACAAUGAACUAAAAUAAUAGAGACAUCUCUCUCUCUCUCUCGCUCUCCCUCCCAAUCUCCUUCUCUUUCUCUCUCUCUAAUUUCAAUUCAUUACAGUUUAUUGGCAUGACGUUACUAAUAUGCAUAUUGCCAAAGCUUACUUUGGAGAUUUACAAUAUUAACAUAAAAAAGUAAUAAUCAAUGUUGUCCAUGGGACAAAAGUAACAACAAUAGCCAAGGAUCAAAAUAACCACACAUUGAACAAUAACAAUAAGCAUAGAGGACAUGUGCAGGUUGGUUGGUCUGUCAGAAACUGUCCCUCAUAUUAUGAAACACAUGUCUCUCUCUCUCUGUGUGUGUUUGUGUCUCUCUCUAUGUCUCUCUCUCUCUCUCUCUCUCUCUCUCUCUCUCUCUCUCUCUCUCUCUCUCUCUCUCUCUCUCUGUGUGUGUCUCUCUCUCUGUGUCUCUCUCUGUGUCUCUCUCUCUCUCUCUCUCUGUCUCUCUCUCUCUGUGUUUGUGUCUCUCUCUAUGUCUCCCUGUGUCUCUCUGCCUCUCUCCUCCUCUCUCUCUCUCUCUCCCUCUCUCUCUCUCUCUCUCUCUGUGUCUCUCUCUGUGUCUCUCUAUGUGUGUCUCUCUCUCUCUCUCUCUCUCUCUCUCUCUCUCUCUCUCUGUGUUUGUGUCUCUCUCUAUGUCUCUCUGUGUCUCUCUGCCUCUCUCCUCCUCUGUGUGUGUGUCUCUCUCUCUCUCUCUCUCUCUCUCUGUCUCUCUCUCUGUGUCUCUCUCUGUGUCUCUCUCUCUCUGUCUCUCUCUUUUCUGUGUGUUUGUGUCUCUCUCUGUGUCUCUCUCUCUCUGUCUCUCUCUCUCUCUCUGUGUUUGUGUCUCUCUCUAUGUCUCUCUGUGUCUCUCUGCCUCUCUCCUCCUCUGUGUGUGUGUCUCUCUCUCUCUCUCUCUCUCUCUCUCUCUCUCUCUCUCUCUCUCUCUCUCUCUCUCUCUCUCUCUGUGUCUCUGUC